GGGGCAAGUGACUUGCAGCUUCUGAACGACGACAAGUUGAGCGCCCUGGAUGUGGCCAUGGAAUCCGGAAGCCCGCCACCGACACCUGAUGCGUCACAAGGCCGUGCAACUUCUGGAGCAAGUGAGUCAUCUCCCAACAAAUGGAUCUCCGAAGAGAUUGGAAAUCGAUUGAUAGUGGCCACACUCGUGGCCUCUGUCACAUUCGCCGCCGGCAUAGCAUUGCCCGGUGGAUAUAAUCUCUCCAGUGAUCCAGAUCCAGGAGUGCCGUCCAUGCUGUACAGUCGAGGAUUUCAGGUUUUCGUAAUUUUCAACGCGUUCGCCAUGUACAGCUCCAUCCUUUCAAUCUUAACCCUCCUCCAGGCUCACAAUGCCGAUCACCGCAAAGCAAAAAAAUAUUUGAAACUAGCAGGGUCACUAUUGUCGAUGGCUAUCAUCUUCCUAACAGUGGCGUUUUCGGCAUCCUUAAUUCUGGCGGUGAGCAAACUCAAGUGGCUCAAGAUCUUUUGUCUGUGCUUCGGAAUCUAUGGGGCCGCGGCGAUCUAUAUGUUUGUGUCCGAAGAGGGAGAACGAUGGCUCCAAGUGGUUAUGGAAUCCGCCAAUUAGUCAACAUGUGCUGGCCAGCUUUUCAAACUGUGGGGAGAAUUUACUUUGAGCAUAAAUUUAGGUGUAUCUCUUAUAGUUAGGUAGGUUACUUUCCUCUUUUGUUGAGCAAUACCUUCUAUAUAUUUUUGCAUGGUAACAUAAGUAUACAAGCCAAUUACGAAUUCUAUCACUAACAAGUCCAGAUGGUAGUCGAGGCAUCACAGGCAGGGAUGGAAGAACAAGCACAGCUAGGAACUACCUGAAAUAAAGAAGUUAGAAAGCCGUUGCCCAUUUCGGCUUUACUUUUUC